GGCCAUUUUUUUUUUCUUUCGACCAACUCGGCAAUCUUGACAUGCUUUAAAAUGAAAAAAUAAAAUAAAUAUUUAAUCUCAUUUUUAUACCAGGAUCCUUUCCCGCUGAAGUUAUGUUCUGUCUGUUUUUUAUCCUGUGUUCUCUUGUCUGAUGAAUUCAAAUGAACAAAUUUUUUAAAUCUCUUGCCCUUGUUGAGAAAUCAUCAGCUAUUCUUGCUAGUAGAUUUAGAAAGAAUGAGUCUUUUUUUGACCCGUUACAGGUCUUUAAUGAGUGGAGCAAAUCAAGAAAAUUUACAUUCACUGACACCAAAUGCUUACAUGCCCAUUUGCUCAGAGCCUAUGAAAUGCAUAAAAAUCCUUUCUUUGCUAAUUCUUUGGUCGAUUUUUACUUUAAAUCUGGUUCUUUGGACUAUGCAGUUAAGGUGUUUGAGGAAAUUCCUGAGUUAAAUGUUGUUUCUUGGAAUAUAAUGGUUUCUGGUUACAAUGAGAAUUUGUUGUAUGAUGAUUCUUGGAGAGUGUUUUGUAGAAUGCAUUCAUUGGGUUUUGUUCCUAAUCAGUUUACUUAUGGAGGGGUGAUUUCCGCGUGUUGCUCAUUGCAAAAUAAUGUUAAUGGGAAGCAGAUUUAUGGGCUUGUGAUGAAGAAUGGGUUAUUUACGAAUGGUUAUGUGCGGGCUGGAAGUAUUGAUCUAUUUGCUAAAAGUGGUUGCUUUGAGGAUGCAUUAAGGGUUUUUUAUGAUGUAUCUUGUGAGAAUGUAGUUUGCUGGAAUGCUAUCAUUUCUGGGGCUGUUAAAAAUAAGGAGAAUUUGGUGGCAUUGGAUAUUUUUAAUGAGAUGUGCGGAUUUUCAUUGCCAAAUAGUUUUACGUUUUCUAGCAUAUUAACCGCUUGCACUGCACUGGAAGAACUUGAUCUGGGAAGAGGGGUUCAAGGAUGGGUGAUUAAAUGUGGUGCUGGAGAAGAUAUCUUUGUCUCUACUGCUAUCAUUGACAUGUAUUCAAAAGGUGGGCAUAUGGACGAAGCCACGAAGGAGUUUUGGUAUAUGCCAAUCCGUAAUGUAGUAUCUUGGACUGCCAUGAUCUCCGGGUUUGUACAGAACGGAAACUCUAUUUCUGCUCUUCAAUUAUUUAAUGAAAUGCGAAAACUGAGAGUGGAAACAAAUAAGUAUACCAUCACUAGUGUGAUUGCUGCUUGUGCUAACCUUGCUAUGAUCACAGGGGCUCAACAGAUUCAUUGUCUAAUAUUUCGUAUUGGGUUGUAUAAAGAUUCAGUGAUAAGCGCUUCGUUGAUUAAUAUGUACUCAAAUAUAGGAGCAGUAGGCUUAGCUGAAUUGGUGUUCAAAGAGGCAGAAAAGAAGCAUGUCGUUGCAUGGGCAGGUAUGAUAUCUGCUUGUGCUAAGCAUGGGAGUUCAGAAAGUGCAAUUGCUUUAUUCCAGAGAAUGUUGCAGGAGUGUUUAAGACCUGAUAUGUUUAGUACUUGUAGUGUCUUGAGUAUUGUAGAAUGCGCGAAUCUGGGUAGACAGAUUCACUGUCUUAGUCUUAAAAAUGGGUUACUGAAUGAUGUUUCUGUGGGCAGUUCCCUUUCCACAAUGUACUCAAAAUGUGACCUUUUAGAUGAAUCUUAUAAGGUAUUUGAACAAAUUGCGCAGAAAGAUAAUGUCUCUUGGGCUUCAAUGAUUGCUGGCUAUGCUGAACAUGGCUGCGCAUAUAAAGCGAUUCAGUUGUUUAGAGACAUGCUAUCUGUCAAGGCUAAACCUGACGGCAAGACUCUAAUAGCUGUUCUUACUGCAUUAUCUGCUCUUCAUUCACUAAAGAACGGUAAAGAAGUUCAUGCUUAUGCCCUCCGUCGAGAUAAUAGUAAACAUGCAGUUGCAGGUGGUGCACUAGUAAAUAUGUACUCCAAAUGUGGUGCUCUACAUUUGGCAUGGAAUACUUUUAACAUGAUUCCUGUAAAAGAUCAGGUUGCAUGUUCUUCCCUGGUUUCUGGUUUAGCUCAAAACGGAUCAAUCGAAGAUUCACUUGAGCUGUUCCAUUACAUGCUGAUGACUGAUCUGGGAAUCGACUCCUUUACAAUGUCAUCUCUUGUUGGGGCUGCUGUACGUUUAGAUAUACUGUAUGUUGGCUUACAAUUGCAUACUCAUAUUAUUAAACUGGGUUUAGAAUCGGAAGUUUCGGUUGGUAGUUCGCUAGUUAUGAUGUAUUCAAAAUUUGGAAAUAUUAAUGACUGCCGUGAGGCAUUUGAUCAUAUACAGAAACCUGAUGUGAUCAGUUGGACAGUCAUUAUUACAAGUUAUGCCUUGCAUGGAAGAGGUGGCGAGGCUUUGAGACUUUAUGACCUUAUGAAAGAAUCAGGAAUUAAACCUGAUUCAGUAACUUAUGUUGGUGUUUUAUCUGCUUGUAGCCACAGCGGUUUAGUUGACGAAGGCUAUUUUCAUCUAAAAUCAAUGACCAAAGACUACGGCAUUGAGCCAGGUAAUCGGCAUUAUGCAUGUAUGGUAGAUCUUCUUGGUCGUUCUGGAAAACUGGAGGAGGCAAAAAGAUUCAUCGAUGAGAUGCCUAUAAAACCCAAUGCUUUAGUCUGGGCAACUCUACUUUCUUCUUGCAAACUACAUGGAGAUGUUGAGCUCGGGAAACUAGCAGCAGAGAAGGCUAUUGAGUUGCAGCCUUCUGAUGCUGGAGCUUUCAUCUCAAUUUCAAAUAUUUGUGCUGAUAUAGGUCAGUGGGAUGAAGUUGUAAAGAUCAGAAGUGAGAUGAAACAAACUGGCCUAAAGAAAGAGCUUGGAUGGAGCUAUUCGUAAGGCACAAAGCACACGCCAUCUUGUUAGUAUUAUUUUGUAGGAAAAAAGCUUUUAGGAAUGUUUCUGUUAGACGAUGUGAAGAGGUUUUCAUUUGUGCAAAUGAGGCAGUAUUUAUACAACUGAUACCUUCACUAUUGGAGGGAGAUUUUUUCAGGUCUAGGUUAUUCAAAAAGCUGUACCAUAGAAGAUUAGUAUAAAUCAGAUUUUUUGUGGA